UUUAUAAUGAAUUGCACCAGACUUUGGUUCUCAGAUUUUCUUCUCUGUUAACAUGAAUUUUCAAUUAGCUUUGUCCUUAGUGGUGCUGCUCAUAUUUGGGCAAUUUCAGGUCAGAGCUCGUUUCCACAGUUGGCUUCAAAGGAUAGUUGAUGGUUCAGACCUUCACUGUGGCGCUCCCUAUGUAGCAACAUUGGAAGUUGAAAAGGCGAAUGGAAUUGAACACUGUAUUGGAACUUUAAUCAAUCUGACCCAUGUCAUAACAGCAGCUCAUUGUCUUGAUAAUGGUGAGUCUGUUAGAGUUACUCUUGGCAAUGGAGCAAGCAAAGAAUUUGGAGUCAGUAUAAGGACUAAGAAAUGGCACAUCCAUCCUGGUUUUUACAUUAGUUCCAAGAAGUACAAUGAUAUUGCUGUCAUCAUUCUACAAUCUCCAUUGGACCUAAACAAGUGUAUUCAACCAGUGACCCUUCCAGAUAUUCACGAACUCAAGAAUUUAUCCAACUGCAUCACUUUCGACCAGAAUGUGAAAGAGACCUCCAAAGAACUUAUUCCAAAACAGACAUCACUUCUAAAAAACAAGUGUUUUGAGUUUGUUGGAAAAGACCAAAGACUAUGUGAAGAAUUUUGGGCCACAGACUCUCCAAACUCAUGCAAGGAGCCUAUGGGCAGUCCACUAAUCUGUUUGAAAAACAAAAACAGUCAGCAGGUGCUAGUCGGGUUUGCUUCAGCUGCUGGUUGUUACAAAGGGUUUACAGUGUAUGUCAAUGUUGCCUUCCAUCAGAAAUGGUUGAAUCUGUUCUCCAAUGAGUUAAAGGAGCACCAGAGUAUUCCAAGUAAAAUCAGUAAUAUAUUGGCUCAGUGAAGAACCUUAUGUUGCAAAUAAUGACAGCUGUGAUUCCUGAUUUCCUUAUGAAAUAAAACAAGUUGUUCUUUGAAA